AUUCUCCUCAGUUUCUUGCAAGACACAACCGUUGGUAAUUCGUGACUGAAAGUUUCGAUGUCGGUAAUCAGGACUAUCGGUCGAAUACAUUUAAAGAAAAAAGGAUACGUCCACUAUUGCUGGAUCACGGAUCUGUCGUGUAUCGUUUUAACAUGCGUCUAAACCGUGGCUUUUUGACCAGUGUCGCUGUUUGCUCGACGGUUCUCUUCGUUGUUUUGAGAUCGAAAUCGUCGACAGAGUUUGCGAGCCAUUCAGAGGACGAUAUAGAGAAGCGUUAUGCGAAGGAACAGACGUAUCGAUACGUUACGCCCUCGCUUGCGGAACUGGGCUCUCGUAGGAGUGUGGCAGAAAUGAACAGACACAUCUUGAUGUUAACGCGUGUACCGGAAGCUGGGGCCGAACUGUUGGUUCUAAUUUUGCAGCGUCUACAGGGCUACAAUGCUUUCAAACAUAUACGUUUGCCACCUGGCGAUCAUGGACUAUUGACAACAUUGCAAGAGGAACUAUUAGUGGAAGAAAUGACUAAUAUCAUAAGGCAGGAAGCGAUUCCUUUAAGUUUCGACGGAAACGUUAGGUUUUUAAAUUUUUCGAAAUUUGGACGACAAGCUCCAACGUUUAUAUCUUUGGUGAGAAAUCCCAUCGGUGCUCAAAACUUACAGAGACCCUCUUACAGAUAUCACGAACAAGGAAAAACGGUGCUUGAAAGUAGAGCCGUACCUAUAUUUUGCGGACAAGACCCUCGAUGCACAGAGAUAAAUAACAAAUGGGCAUUGCAGCGGGCUAAAGCAAAUAUUGUCGAAUGGUACCCAGUUGUUGGUAUUUUAGAUUGCAUGGAGCAAUCCAUAAACCUAUUGGAACAUAAAUUUCCAUACUUUUUUCGCGGUGCAAGGCAAAUUUAUAGAAAAAUUCGACCCAAGAAAUACCUUUCCGAUACUUCGAUUACAUUAGAUCCACGAGAACGGGAGAUAUUGUUCAGACACUUCGAGGAUGAAAUAGAAUUAUAUCAGUGGCUAAAAUUUCGACUAUUCAACGAAACAUCCUACGACGUUGUGGAAAACUAACGCCUACGAAGAAAAAGUUGCCGUGGCCCACUGGUAUCUAGUUUAAAAUUGCACCAAAGAUAAUUAUAUUAAACAUAUUGUGGCGAUAUUCUAUUAACAACGAGUGAAAGGUUGUUUUAUACUGAUUGUACUGAAUCGAUUCGAUUAAAAAACAUUUUUCAAGAAGAAAAUGUAAGUAAUGUUUGUUCCCCUCUCCUGUUUUGAUUAUAGAUUCCAGCGUUUUUAAAUAAUAAAUGGGAUAUAUAAUGAAUCCAGAGGAAUAUAUUAUAGCAGCACUAUAAUUGUUAAUAAUUAUCCUUCGUUAUUCAUUAUGUUCAUUGCAAACAUAUAUUUCCAUGUAGGACAUAUAAACUAUGAUGAACUAAUUUUUCAUAUAUAUUCACAAUUUUUACUUUCUUCUGAAAAUUCAUAUAAAUCUACUUCGUAGUAAUUACGACAAUUCAACUUUUAAUUGUUGAUUUGCACACAAAUAAUUUACCGACAUUAAGUUUUUUAAAUAAAUAAAAAAAUAACGGAAAAUAUGGCGUCAUCUCUCGGCGAAUCGUGAAAUCGUUUCCACUUUGUGCCGCUAGGUGACACCACAUUUCUCGGUAUUUUUAUUUAUUUAAAAAACCGGAUAUCAGUAAUUUAUUAGUGUACAAAUCAACAAUUAGAUGUUGAGUUAUGAUAAUUAUCAUGUAAAAUUACAUUUAUAUGCAGGGAAAAGCAGAGAACUUAUGUUUUGAAUAAUUUCAUGUCACUUGCGGCAUCUAGCGGCGUGAGGUGGAAACUAUUUCACGACAAACUUGGGCAGUUCGUCAGAGAUGGCACCAUAUUUUUCGGUAUUUUUUUAUUUAUUUAAA